CCGAAACCGGCCGCCAGCCGGGCGAUUCAGUUCGCAUUCAACAAGUGACGGAAGCGGACGAUCAGUGACCGGCACCGGCACCAAUAGAUCGGUCGCACAUACACGAGCACGACAUCGUACCAAUAAAGCAUCACCCUGAAUAACAAAAACACAAAAUAGAAACAACCCCCAAAACGCGUGGGCUUGUUUCCCUGUCCCUUGUGCAAGUGUGGUUGUGUUGUGUUUUGGUUUCGAAUUUAGUGUGUGCUGUAGGGGUUGUUCAGUGUGUGGCUGUGUUCCAUCGAAAGCGAGUAAUCUAAUGAAGUGCCACCGGAACGGGAAUAUUACGUAGAUCGUGCCGGAAGUUAAGCUCACAAGGUAGUUAACUGAAGUGCUGCACUGCCCAAAAUGCCUAUGAAGGAGUGGAUCUACCGGUUGCAGCCCGUCCAGCUGUACAUCGUGCUGGCCCUGUCGUCCGUCUACUUUCUGGUGCAGCUGUUCCUGAGCCACGUUUCCCACUCGCUGGUACUGCUGGUUGCGUCCUAUCACAUGCUUUGCAACAUCAUUGCCCUCACCGGUUGCAUUCUAACGAUAAAGAAAAGUGCCUUACCGUCUGCACGGGAAGACAGUGCAUUGAAGCAGGAGGCACGCUCCGUCUCCCAACAGCUGACGGCGGGUGAUGGGAAGUUUGCGGAAGUUCCACUAGCCAGUGAAGAGUCGACAGAUGACGGCAGCAAGGGCAGCUCAGAGGAUGCCGGCAAGGCCCUUGAGCAGUCGGUCCUGGAGAUCAAGCAGAAUGUGAAGGUGAAAGCGCGACAGGCGCGCGAAAGCUCGCUGAAGAACACGUUCGGCUGGACGCGCAUCGACAUCCUCACGAUGCUGGUGGUGUGCAUUUUUAUGGCGUCGUUCUGCUUUUCCACAAUCAUCGAGGCGCUGCAGACGCUGUCUCACAUCCAUCAUCAGGAUGCGAUGCACUUCCCGGCCCACAUUCUCGUGCUGGGCGCGAUGGGCUUGAUACUGAACGGGUUCUGCUAUCUGCUGAUCGGUGGCUACACGUACCAUCAGGGCAGCUUCCUGUACAUCACGGCUAGCGGAAAUGUGAUCCUCGACCACGUCAUCACCGGGGACGGUGUGCGAAAGGGUGAUCGACGGCUUUCCGGAUCACGCAAACAGGUGUCUCCUUCGCAGAUUCGCGAACAAUCGAAGCGACAGAGUGUUCGGGAGCUGAUGAGGGAUAUUUGCAGUACUGUGAUCGUCAUUAUCUGCUCGGUGAUCGUCUACUAUACUACUGAGGAGACAUCCAAGUUUGUGGAUCCAGCUCUUUCGAUAGUGUCUUGUAUCAUUUUACUCACCCUAAGCUACCCUUACAUGAAAGAAUCGGGCAUGAUUCUGCUGCAAACCAUCCCCGAUACGAUCGAUAUAGAAAUCUUCAAGAAGACGCUGCUUGAUGGCUUCAAGGAUAUUGUCAGUGUGCAUGAUCUUCACAUUUGGCAGCUAAGCGGAAACCAGUACGUCUCAACGGUGCACAUCAUCUUUGACAACCCAAAGGUGUACUUAAAGAUCCACAGUGAUGUGAUAGAGUUCUUCCAUGAGCAGGGCAUCAAUCAAGUUACCAUUCAGCCGGAGUUUAAGGUGACGGACGAAAAGCGUACCCUGGGCAGCGGUACGGAGUGCUGCUUGAUCCAGUGCCGGACGAUUGCCCAGUGCGCUAGCCGUACGUGCUGUGAUACGCUGUCUCAGGAGGCGGCGGCCAAGGAGCCCUUGCUGACGGAAGUUGUCGAUUUUCCGCUGGAAGAGAGUAAAGUUGAGUUGGAAGACAACGAAGUUAUACAGAUGAGUCCAAUGUCGGCAGUGCAAUCAUCCAGUGAGGGUAGUAUCUCCCGCCAAGUGGCUCCAGACCCCAACAAGUCAAUGACCUGUGAAGAGAUUGAAAUUACGCUGGACGAUGUCACUAAAGCCACUCUAGAUCAUAGUCCACUAGCCGCUACCGCUCAAACAACCGCUGAGAAGAGCACCGUCUCAGCCACAGUACAAAUAAGCCCAGUUAAGACUGAAUGCGAGCAGGUGGCGCAGGUAGACGGUGAUAAGAGCACAUAAAGAGGUAUAGUACAUACGCGCGGGAAUUACAGUAAAAAAAAUGCCAGUAUACACUUGACGAACGGUAAUCUCGUCAAGAACAGUUCAAUCGUAUUUUAAUUUGAAAACGUUUAGUAGGGUAAGUUGGCGAGUGUAGAGUGCGGAGUGUGCGAAUCGUUUUGCACCAAACCGUCCGCUCAUUGAUCGAGCGGACUGCCAUAUCGUUUACUACGCUUGGUAAAGUGAGCAAAGAUGUCGAAUUGGUUGUGCCUUGUGAAUGUAUUUUAGCUGCAUUUUACUUUGUUAGCGUUAAGAUACAUCAAUACAUACUGAUAAACGUAA